AUGAUCAAGCUGGAUAUUAUAUCUAGACUCGUGCAUGAGCAGAAUGCCAAAGAAGUAUUGGAAGAGCUCCGGGACUAUGCGUCCGAAGUGGAUAUUGAUUUUGCUCAAAGAGCCAUCAAUGCAAUUGGUCGACUUGCUCUCAAGCUAGAAUCCAUGGUGGAUGAGUGUGUACAGGCGCUCUUGGAUAUUAUCGAGAGCCACGUCAACUAUGCGAUUCAAGAAGCCAUUGUCGUUGUCAAGGACAUUCUGCGCCAGUAUCCCUCCAGAUAUGAGUAUAUCAUCCCGUUGUUGUACGAAACCGUCGACUCAUUAGACGAACCUCGGGCCAAGAUGGCGAUGAUAUGGAUGGUCGGGGAGUAUGGAGACAAGAUCGACAAUAGCGAAGAAAUUAUGGAAGACUUUUUGUUUACGUUCCUCGACGAAUCCACAGAGAUACAGUUGGCGCUUUUGACGGCCACGGUCAAGUACUUCUUGCUACAACCCUCGAAAGGAGCGGAUAUGGUGCAAAGAGUACUCAAAUGGACCACAGAAAAGUAUGUUCAAGACGCUACCUUGAUUUCCGACCAGGAGGCCAGGCCCAGCUCGUCUUUGACCCCAACAUCCAAACGUACAUUUGAUGCGGAUCUUGAACAGAUGCAGGUCCCAGACACUUCUGCUCGGAGGCGCCCCUUCAGUACACAGUCUCAGAUGCCCUCUCGAGGCGUAGUGGUGUUACAUCCAAUGCAGGCAGAGCCUGAUGACUACCUUCAUAUCCCGGAUAAGAAUGUCGAUGCUCAUUCGAUUCGGCCCACAUGGCGUGGUUGCGUGAAUUUUUGCACUCUCUUUAUGAUUGCAGCUGGUUUGCUAAUGCUUUUUAUUGGCUAUCCGCUUAUUGCCAAUUUUGAUGAAUCCUACAACAACGUUGGUGACCGGUUCAUCAACAAUGGGAAAUCCCCGGCUAUUCCUAUGCCCCCGUUAAUUGAUCCUGAUACGCCACCCGAUGCCCAUUCCUGGACAAGCCAGUAUGAUGAGAGUGAAUGGGAUCUUGUUUUUAGUGACGAGUUCAACAAGGAUGGGCGCACAUUCUGGCCAGGGGAAGAUCCGUUUUGGGAGGCAGGCGACUUUUACUAUCUUGCCACCCAAGAUUACGAAUGGUACACGCCAGAAGCAAUCCGCACGAUGAACGGGUCUUUGGUCAUUACUAUGGAAAACAUUGUGGAACACAAUGCAAAUUUCCGUUCUGGUAUGCUUCAAUCGUGGAAUAAGUUUUGUAUCCAGGGAGGCUAUGUGGAAACCAAAGUCAUCCUUCCUUCUGAACCGACGACGGCAGGGUACUGGCCCGGUUUCUGGAUGAUGGGCAAUUUGGGUCGGCCAGGCUACUUGGGGACCACCGACGGAAUGUGGCCCUAUUCGUAUAACCAGUGUGAUAUCGGUAUUCUUGAGUACCAGCAGUACCCCAACAGGACAGGACCGUAUGCUGCGACCCAUGCCAAUUCUCCGUCCAACAAUCCUAAUAUAUCUUCACUGCCUGGUAUGCGCUUCCCUGCUUGCGCGUGCUCGGGUCAAGAGCACCCGGGGCCCAACGCCCACACAGCACGCUCGGUGCCAGAGCUGGAUAUCUUUGAGAUGCAAGUGAAAAAGGAUGAUGGCACGUACGCAUCGCAGUCCUACCAGAUCGCACCAUUUGACGAUGACUACAAGUGGUUUACCAACUCCUCCUCCUAUGUUAUCUACAACCACAAAGAGACAAACAGGAACUCGUAUUCUGGUGGCCCCACGCAGGAAGCAUUGUCAUGCGUGUCUCGUGUACCCGACUCGGCCUUCUUUGGCACAGACGGGGAAGGAUCCAUCAUGGGCGUAGAAUAUAUGCCAGACUUUUCCCGCAACGGUCAGGGAUAUGUCACAUGGUAUGUGGAUGGAAAGAAGACAUGGACGCUGUUUGAAACGGCCCUGGCGCCUAACAAAAAGACCCAGAUCGGACAACGCACCUUACCGUUGGAGCCCAUGUCGCUUAUUCUCAACUUGGGCAUUUCUAAGGGUUUCCAGAACAUUGACUGGAAGAAUAUUGAAUUCCCGGCACACUUGGCCUUUGACUACGUACGGGUGUAUCAGAAGCGUGGCGAGCCUCAACGGAUCAGCUGUGAUCCUAGUGACUACCCUACGGCUGAUUAUAUUAACAAAAAUAUGGACUUGUAUUCCAACAGCAACAUCACAAGCUUCCUUAACUCGACUACCCGCCACAGGACCUGGCCCAAGAAUGGCCUCAAAGAUGGUUGCUAG